AUGGGCUAUCCUAUGCAAAUGCCAAUUAGUGACCAUUGUUCCGGAUACUAUCAAACAAAAUGUAAAAUUUUGCGUAAAUGCAAUGAUUUUAUGCAUAGUCAUGGAUUGCGAGUUGUGAUUAAACGGCUACCAUUUGAUGCUACAGAACCUAAUGUGACCAACUCUGCAUACUGUAGUGUUAUACAAAAAAGACAUAUGAUAGACCGGAUGCUGAUGAAUAGGUCGUUCUACGAGACAUCAUACAACAGGAAAACGGAUGUUAUAAAUGUGAAUUCUAUGUAUAUGUUGGGGAAGAUCAACGAAUCAGUGAUGAAACAUUUGCAGCUUAUGUCAGAGGAUAUAACGGAUCCUGAAUUUUCAGGAAUUUGGAUUGGGAUUUAUUCCAAAACUUACAAAUCAAAAACCCAAUUGGGAGAACACUAUCGGUCAAAACUCAUAGCAUGGGCACUGGUGGAACUACUUACUAGCAACGAAAGAUGUUUUAAGGGUCUUUGGGUACAUCCAUACCUUAACAAUAUUGCAGCAACAGCACUACUCAAGGUAUUCCUCCCACGUAUAAUAUUGGCAAGUUUUGAUGCAUCACUUCAUAAGAUUGACACUAGAUACAAAGUCAAAUUGUUUUAUGUUUGGGUGGCUGAUAUAGAUAUUUUCCCUCGCAUUUCAUUAGUGUUACUAGGUAGUAGUGAGAGAUUGGGCCUGCUUAGGCAUUAUGAACAUUCACCUCAAGGCAUUAAUAAAAGCAAGGGUGAAUAUGUUGGAAUUGAAAAAUCCCAUACUGACAAUGGAAACAGCGAGUGCAUGUGUUACUGCCAAAAAAAUGCCAAAUGGGAUGAAAUAGAAAAUAUCAUUAUGGGUUGCUCAGAAGAGAUGAUGUGUGCAAAUGUAAACAAAUGGCUUAGUGACAUCCCUUCAAAUGAGCCCAACCUUACUUGUUGCAUAAAAGAUAUCCUAUCGUCGAAUUGCGAAAGCAUUUAUGUGGAUGAAAAGGAUAACCGUUCUUACGAUGAAGUUGAUAGCCUAAAUAUUGUGAAAGAUGUAUAUGGUAUUUUUAAGAAAAUUUACGGAUCCACCUGGGCCAGCAGGUUGAAGCAAAGGAGUGAUGUGAAGAAGAGGUCAAGAAUUUGA